AUGAGCAACUCCGGGAUCCUGAAGUUGGCGCUCCUCCUAGCCUUACUUCACUUCGCUUUCACUCAGAAGAAGGCUUUCGGCAUAAGCGGAUACGCAGUGAGUAAGAGUGAGAAAAUUACUGUGCAAUAUUUUUGGAAAGCCGAAGUCGACACUUCAACGACAGAGGAUCCAAAAAUGGCCGAACCAGACGAAGUGUUGUCGACUUUCCGUACAACGCGGUCAUUUCCUCUAAAGGAAAAGUUUUCGGUCCGGUCCGUUUGGGUGGCCGCGACUGUGUACCACGUUUCACCGCUAGGAUACGCGUAUUUCAUUGUUCCCGCACAGCCGUUAGCCGAGAGCGAAGCGGGCAUCGAAAGAAUGAGGAUUGUAAAAUUAGUACCUCCGUUUGAUGAGUACUUCAUCAAACCUGACCAGAUUAUAUUCUGGAGCGACACGGAAUCCAUGGUCAAGAACAAAAUCGCGCUGCUACGCAUCAAAGUGACCAGCAGCGCUUCUGACAGGGCGAUCAGAUCAGUUAUCGUCCAACCGAAGUUGACGAGCUCUCUGCACAAUUGCCGGAUGUCCAUGAUGACCUUGAAUAAUCGCACCGAUGCGAUUGAACUAACCACGACGAAGCUGUCAAUCGUUUACAACGGCACGGAUCAAUCGACGAAGAAAAACGAACUGAAUACACUGCUUCCAGAAAACUACAAUGCUAGCAAUGGCAUCAUCCAGCCGUUUACAAGAAUCGAUCAAUACUCUGACUGGCUGGAGCAGGCUCUGAGAGUUGGUAUGAAGUCACCAAGUGGCAUUUAUCUGCUGAAUGGCCGUGGAGAAUUCACUGCCGAUGAAGAACGGCUCACUGGAGUCCGAGCUGUAACAGAAAAAAGCCUGAUUCCGGUAGCCAGUUCACGGUCUGUUUUUGUUUUCUUAAUGAUCGACGGCAGACAUGAGGCGAGGUGGUGUAUCGGGACUGCCUACCACACGUCUACCGAAGGAUACGCGUUUUUCAUCGUUCCUGCAUUGCCAUUUACUGAAAGGACAACCAACAUGACAAGAGUGCACAUCAUGAGUACAGGACCUUCUCCCAGUGAAUACUUCAUUCAUCCAGACUUGAUCAUAUUCUGGACGGACAGCAGCACCAGAUACGCCUGGAAAAUUGCACUAGUGCGCAUAAAAAUUGUCGGCAAGGUUCCUCGAAAUUCUAUUGCACCAGCUGUCGUGCAACACAGCUUGACGACAAGUCUUGGCGAAUGCCAAACACCGGUUUGGGAUUCUAAUCCCUCCAGAAUCUUGCCUCAGGCAGUCAGUAGGACAUUUUCAAUCGAGUACUCUGGGAAUACAAAGCCACUGAAGGAAACCGAACUCAACGCACGUAAGCUUACGAUGAACACCACCAGCGAAUGCAAAAAUAUGAUCGGACAGCCUCUGCUGUGCAACUACGUUUCUGGAAAGAAUGCGACUACCGUGAUGGCGGGAAUACUGCUUAAAGAGAACUGUGGCCCAAAAAAUAGCAGCGUCCAGCCGUUCACAAGAAUGGAUUUGUACGCCGACUGGUUAGAACGUGCUGUGAAAAUUGCUCCGAGGUUGCAACAGGGCAGUUAUAUACAGACCGACGGUGGAAUACUGACCGACUGGAACGAAAUGUUAAUUGUCCCUGAAUGCUCUUGGCCGAGACAGGAAGGAAACGGCCAACAAUUGCAGAUGCAGCACCACGAAAUUCGACGCUUUGCAGAUCAACUGUUAUUAGAAGUAACUUGCGGAGAUCAAGUCGGUCUGGCCGUGAUCAUGUCUGGAAACACCAAACUGGAGCGCUACUUCUUGGCGCCAGCCCAUCUGUUUGCUGACAAACGUGUGCCUUUUCACCGACUUGAAGUCAGGACAUUCGACAUGCAGGAAAAUGCGCCGUUCCAUCUUUCAGGUGUGGCAUUGCAUAAAAGGUAUUCGCCCACUGGUGAAGAGUACGACAUCGCACUUGGGUUGAUAACCAACUCCAGUGGUCUGAGUGUAAGCGAGAACGACGUCUGCAUUCCUUCGCUAAAAGACGACAUGAAGAAAGAGCUCACAAACACUUUUACUUGGAAAGACGAUAAAAUGGUGAUCUUUCCGAAUUUUACCACCGUUCCUUGUUCAAACAACUCGUUAUUGACCUUCUGUGCAAAUCCGAAACAGACCCAUACGGAUUUCCAAUCAAACCAGAUCCGUCCUCCUGGACCGUUGGUAGACCGAGGCAAAUUCAAGGGCAUCGAAUAUCCGCGAUACACCGUUGUUGGCUUACCAUCCGUAAACUACGUGAAGAAUGUCAAUGACUUAAUGAAGCGAUGUGGUGUUAAAUCGUCGACCGUUUUGUGCCCGGCUUCAACAUACAUCGAAAAUGUCUAUACCGACGUGUCAAAGUUCUCGUCGUGGAUACAAAAAGCAAAGGCGGAGCUUCGGGACCGAAGAAAUUUAAUUUACGUUUGA